CGCGAGUCCUAGUGUUACAGACAUACCUGGCCAGCCUGCAGAUCGGCGGCUUCUGUUCAAGCAUACAAAUGACAGUGUCAUCCCAUAAAAAUGUUUUCAAACUGCUAACACUGGGACUCAUCUUCCACGUCAUAUUCAUUGCUUCUGUUUUUGACUGCUACUUCACUAGCCCAGUCGUCCAUGGCAUGCUUCCUCGCAGGGCUGGCCCUGGAGAAGCCAAACGGGUCGUUCUCAUUGUGGGAGACGGUCUACGCGCAGACCUCCUAUUUAGUGUGAACGCAUUCUCUUUCGUUCCUUCCUCACCCAAAAUUGUAGCACCUUAUUUGCGCGAUAUCAUUCAAACACGGGGGGCGUUUGGAUUAUCGCACACUCGAGUACCAACGGAAAGUCGACCUGGGCAUGUCGCAAUCAUUGGGGGUAUGUAUGAGGAUGUCUCUGCUGUGACCAAGGGUUGGAAAGCGAAUCCGGUUCACUUUGACUCUGUCUUCAAUCAAUCCAGUCAUACUUUCUCCUUCGGUUCCCCAGACAUAUUACCAAUGUUCGCCCAAGGUGCAACACCCGGAAAAGUCGACACUUGGAGCUACGAUGAGGAGGACGAAGAUUUUACGAAAGGCACGAAGGUUCACAACUAUUGCAAUGCCACGGCUCUAGAUACCUGGGUUUUGGACCAACUUCGGACGUUGUUUCAGAACGCAUCAUCGAAUGACUUGCUUGAUUCAGAAUUACGUGCUGACAAAGUAGUGUUCUUCCUGCACCUCCUUGGUCUGGACACCACUGGACACUCGUACAGGCCACACUCCGAGGAAUACAUGAACAAUAUCCAAGUCGUCGAUAGCAUCGUCCGACAAACAGAAGAACUUUUCUCCAGCUUCUACCACGAUGAAGAAACAAGUUUUAUAUUUACAGCUGAUCAUGGCAUGUCUGAGAUCGGUAACCAUGGCGAUGGUGACCCGGACAACACGCGUACCCCAUUAAUAGCAUGGGGGCGAGGCAUUAGGGGCCCACUUCCUGACAUCAUUCCUUCUUCGCACGAUGACUACUCUCGGCCCUGGCAACUUGACGACUUUCUGCGACGAGACGUGGAACAAGCGGAUCUUGCGCCCCUGAUGGCCGCGCUGCUUGGUAUUAACUACCCGGUAAAUUCAGUGGGAAUUCUCCCUGAUGCAGACCCUACGCGACCUGGUUACUUGCUACCGCGAGAAGGAGAAUCGGCCUUGGCCUGGCUUGCAUUGGCAAAUGCAGAAAGUAUUCUAGAACACUACCGAGUAAAACACGAAUCGAAGGCUGCACAAACCAUUCUAUACAAAGGUUUUGAACCUUUGGAAGAAGUCGGUCAAGAUGGGAAGCCUUCAAGAGUAUACUGGUUAUUCAAAAUAGAACGUUUGAUCAGUGAUGGAAGAUGGUUUGAAGCCCGUCGAGAAACAGCUGAACUCAUCAAGGUCACUCUACAAGGUCUUCGAUAUCUCGAAACCUACAAUCGAGUACUUAUACGGAUCAUCGUCAUGAUAGCAUAUCUGGGAUGGUCUGCUUAUGCAUCAUUAUCGAUUCUUCCCCCGCCAGCUUCCUUGGUUUCGGAUAGGCAGCGUACCAUGGUCAGACUUGCCACCGCAACUAUAUUAGCAGUAUUUUGGGCACUGUUUACUGCAGAGAGAGCUCCGUGGACAUUUUAUGUCUAUGUAACUUUCCCCUGCUACUUCUGGCAGCAAUUCGCGCUGCGUGGAGUUCCAAUCGUUGUGCAACAAUUCAAGUUGAGCGACAGACGCGGACCUUUUAUAGGCAGAGUGUUAUUCCACUUGGUUAUCGUGGUGGUUGUGCUCCAGUGUAUGGUCGCUGCCUACACUCACCGGUCGCUCUGGAGCAUUGGUUUUUUGGUUAUGGGCAUUUUAUGGCCAUAUACAUCGUGGCCAAGUCAUGUUCGGUCGCAGCACCCGAGACUCUUACUUUACUGGAUGAGUAGCUGUGUUGUGACCGGCAUAUUCCCCCUACUCAGUGUUAACAAAAGAGAGGAUUUAUACAUGAUAAUGUGUGGAGGGGCAAUGAUCCUCGCAGUUGGCGCAGGUUGUACGCUUUUGACGUUGAACGGUUCUCUGAAAGCCACAAAACUAUCUGAGAUCAUCCAGGCGUCAUUUAUCUUGCUCGCCAUGACGAUUACUGCAAGCUCGGUGAAAAGUUUACAAGCGAAACAGGGAUUGCCCAUCAUUAACCAGACUUCAGCAUGGGUCAUACUUGGUACCUUUGCUAAUCAACUGACAUUAGUUAUUCAUCUGAUUUUAUACUUCUCAGCUGUAUCAUCGAUAUAUCCAUUCAUUUCUAAAGCACAACAUAGUACUCCGACCUCCAGAAUCCUGUCGCUUUUCUUGGGCUUCGGAGUCUGUUUCGUCAUUCUUUCGAUCAGUGUUGAAGGUCUAUUCUAUGCCGCCUUCACAUGCAAUUUACUUUUGUGGAUAGAAGUUGAAGCGACCGUCCAGCCGAAUCGAGCUGGGACCGCUCCGCAGAAUCAAGGAUAUGAGUUUCACACUGACGAUAUUAGAAUAGCACUCUUUUUCUUGUUUUUCGUUCAGGUGGCUUUCUUUGGAACUGGAAACGUUGCUUCGAUUUCAUCGUUCUACUUGGAACCCGUCUACCGUCUGGUGCCAAUUUUUAAUCCAUUCUUGAUGGCAGCGUUAUUGGUGAGUUCUUCAAACAUUGCUUCGCAUACCGGGAGCUCGAAAGGAUUGCCACAGAUAUUCAAAAUUGUCGCUCCAUAUGUAAUCUUGUCAGCUGUUUUCGCCACUUUGAAUGCAAGACUCCACCUACCGCCCUUCUCGCUAUUUUUAGUUGCCCUAACGCUCACUGAUGGAAUGACAAUGGCGUUUUUCCUGAACGUCACGGAUACUGGAUCGUGGUUGGAGAUUGGGCAAUCGAUCAGCUUCUUUUGCAUAACUUCUCUAUUAUUGGUUUGGUCGGCUGGUAUCUGCACCGCUGGGGAGUAUCUCAUGGUAGAUACGUUGCUGUUCCACAGAUCGACGGACAGUCGCAAGCUAGAAUGAACAACAUAUUGAUGGUCCAAGAACCAACCAAGCACCUCCAUGGCGUAACAUCUCAUGCAUGAAAUCUCACUUGCCCACUAGUCGUAAAAUAGUGGCACGCAAUUAACGACUUUCUCGUACUUACCGCUACAGAACAAACCCGUUUUCGUGAUAUUAGGGACGGGUAAGCGCUAAGUACUAUUUAGACCAAUAUAUUCCUACGUCGACAUUAUGGUCGUCUAACUAUUUACUUUGAUUCAUCACGACAUGGAGUCCUUUUACCGACUCUGUUUCACUUCAAUUGCACUCACCACGUUCGACAGAUUUAGCACCCCGCCUGCUUUUCACACUUGCCGUCAAACUAUGCACGAUUCGUCGUUGUGUGCCGCCAUGUCCUCGACCAUUCACGCCUUGUCGUAGCCACUCAUGAGACGAUUUCCUGC